UUCAUCGCGUAAUAAUUGCAGAUCACGUCUCAGAUAGCGAAACUAUUACGCGAUAAAACGACGAACAUAAAUAGCUUGAUCUUGACACGACUUUUCUGUCAUGCGCGAUAUUUAAGUCAGACUAAGAGAAUUACGUUGUGGUACUCAUUGUUUCAAUACGAUGAAAGCACACCAACAGAGUACCUACGUCACACGAUAAACUCUCAAAAAAUUGUGUUAAACACUAGCAGACUGACUUUCAUUUAUGCCAGACGCACGAAUUCGAUUUAAAACUGCAAAAUGAAGAACACAGUUACGUUAGUACUAAUUUUGUUACUAAGUUACAAUGGAAAUUGUGCAAAAAUUUUGGGGGUUUUUACCGCACCAGGACCCAGUCACUACCUUCUUGGUAGUACUUUGAUGAAAGCGUUAGCCGAGAAAGGCCACGAUGUCACCGUGAUCAGUGCCUUCGGUGAGAAAGAACCACCAAAAACGAAGGGUACUUAUCGAGACAUAGUGGCCACAGAGGUGCUAGAAAACCGGAAAGAAAUGAUGAAGCAGCGCGAAAUGAACAUGUUCGACCAGGCAGACGCGAACCCCUUCAUUUCAACCUUCUUCUUUGGAUAUAUGAUGCCUAAAAUGAUGGAACCGGCGUUACGGAAUGCUGAAGUCCAAAAAUUGCUUCACUCUGACGAAAAAUUUGAUGUUGUGAUUGUAGAACAAUUUAUGAAUAACGCAGAGAAAGCACUGGCCACUCACUUUGGGGCCCCGUUGGUGGUGGUGAGUGCUCUAGGGGCAAACUUUUGGUUAAACACUUUAGUUGGAAAUUCUGCCCCCCCAUCGUAUAUUCCGAUGGUAGUGACGGAUUAUUCUGCCCCCAUGACGUUUUGCGAGAGACUUUUAAAUAGUCUUUUGUUUGUGGUCACCGACGUAUACUUCAAUUUGGUUGUGUACCCCGCCGAAAAUGAAAUAAUUAAAAAAAACAUCCCCAACGGGCCUGAUCUUUUUGACGUUCUGUACAACGCUUCAAUUGUGUUGGUGAACUCCCACCCGAGCUUAAACCAACCAGUGCCGUACGUUCCUAACAUGAUAGAAGUAGGAGGGUUUCAUGUCACACCCCCAAAGAAACUCCCUCAAGACUUGCAGGAAUUUUUAGACAACGCGAAAGACGGAGUCAUCUAUUUCAGCAUGGGUUCUAAUUUGAAAAGUGCUGAUUUUCCUCCAGAGAAACGGGACGCGAUUUUGAGGACGUUCUCGAAGUUGAAGGAACAAGUUUUGUGGAAAUGGGAGGAGGAUGUUUUGCCUGGGCAACCGAAGAAUGUUAAGUUGUCUAAGUGGCUGCCACAACAAAGUAUUCUUGCACAUCCCAAUGUCAAACUUUUUAUUACCCAUGGGGGUUUGUUGAGUACGACCGAAACUGUGUACCACGGGGUACCAAUUUUGACGAUUCCCAUAUUUGGUGACCAAAAACUAAAUGCUAAAGGUGCUGUAAACAAUGGUUUUGGUCUUAUGUUGUCGUACAAUGAAAUUACUGAAGAAAGUUUUACAGAACGUAUUCAAGAAAUUCUAAAUAAUCCUAAAUAUAGAAAUAACGCGAAGAAGAGGUCUGAAACUUUCCACGAUAGACAGGUGAGUCCAAUGGAGACAGCGAUAUAUUGGAUCGAGUAUGUGAUUCGUCAUAAAGGGGCGCCACACCUGAGGGUUGCAGCUCUUGAUCUACCGUGGUACAAAUAUUACUUGUUGGAUGUAAUUGGUUUUCUAGUUUCAGUUAGUUCGGUUAUUGCAUUUAUUUCCUACUAUUCAAUCAGAGCAGUUUGUAGAAAAAUAUGCAACAAACGGAAGACUAAAAAGUUAAAACAAAAGUAA